UGGAGCGUCAUUCUAGAGUGUCCUGCUAACUGCUGUGGAUGCACACCAGCAUCGUUUUCUUUCUCCUUUACUCCCUCUCCUCUGCCAGAGACUGACUCUGCAUCUUCUCUCAGACGUGCUCUCUCGCCCUGCCUCUGUCCUCCUCUCUCUGCAUCUCUACUGAGUAAGUGAGAGGGAAUAGGAGGCUGCGAGUGCUGCAGCGCUCCGGCGGGAGUGGACGGAGCUGCCUCAGCUGGAGCAGCAGAUUUAUUUUACCUCACUGGAAGCCCACCGCAGGAUCUCUAAAGGACAGCCACCAUGUGUGACUGUUUUCAUCUGGCAUUCCCCAACUGGCAUGGGCCAGCCACGGGAGCUGGGCGUAGGCUGAGGGGACCAGAGCAAGAGGCAGAGGAUGAUUCAGUAUGUGAGGAACCUGAGAUUUUAGAGGGGGAACGACCUCGCCCUCAAGGCUCCUCCCCUGUAGAGGAAUUCCCAACUGAAAAACAGGCAGAGGAGGACUCUCCACACAAGAGUGCCAGCAACAAAAAAACCAGAAGACUUGGUUUUGGGUCUUUGUUUGAUAAGCGCUCUUCUGCCAAAAUGAGUGAAACAGAGGACAGUGAAGCUGGAAUGAUUGUGAAAACAGUGAAAGAAACAUGUGCUGAAGGACUAGUAGUGACUGGUGGAGGGAAAGAGGGCAUCUUCAUUAAAGAAGUGAAACCAGAUUCACCUGCUUCAAAACACCUGACAGCGAAAGAGGGUGAUCAGAUCCUUAGUGCUACAGUAUUCUUUGAUAACGUGUCAUAUGAAGAUGCACUCCAAAUCCUUGAGCAUGCUCAGCCAUAUAAAAUGGAAUUGUGUCUAAGACGCAAAAUGGAAUCAACCAUGCUAGAAGAUGAUGAAAUUGUCCACCCAGAGAGCAACGAGAGAGGUUCACCAGCGAUGAGAAGUCCAAGAAAGAAAAAACAUCAAGACCGUAUCUCAUGGCCGAAGUUCCCCUCUUUUGGCAAAGGACAUAGAGCGCAAUUCAAAAGAUCCCACAGCACCUCAGAAGCAGAGGAGCACAAAAAAUUAGAGAUGAGCCCACCAACAAGUGACACAGAAUCUCCACUCAAAUCACCACUAAAAUCUCCAGGUGGAAAAGACAAAAAAAAGAAGCAAAAAAUAAAAAUGAAGAUGAAAAGCCCCAGGAGCAUGUCUGUUGAGGAAUCUCAGAGAAAUCAGAAGGAGUUGACAUCAGAGAAUUUGAUAGUUUUGGAAGAUGAACAAGUUGGGGAUAUAUUAGAUGAAAAGCUCCCCGAGAAAUCUGUGACAAAAGUAGCAGAGAUAUCAAAGGACGACAAGGAAGGUGAAUAUGGAGAUUCAUCCAAGAUUGUGAAUGAAGUUCUAGGUUUGUCAGGAAUGGAAUCACAGCACAGGGUUCAUCUUAUUAGUCUGAGCAAUACAUUAAAGACUACAGAUAUAUCAGAUGCUCUUGCAGAGGCUUCUGCAGAUGAUAUGAUGACCUCAGAUGAGGGAAAGAUACAAAGAUCAGAAAUGAAAUUUAGCAUUUUUCAGAAGGACCAAUCAAAAAUAGGGGUAGACAGCCAAUCAACAACCAUCUUAGAAAUGAGUAGAAUCCCAGAUCCAUCUGCACAUGACACUAUUGUGGUGAGUCAUGGGGCAAUAUCACAGGCAGAGGGUGAAGCUUCUCAACUUGUCACUGACUUCAAAACAGAGGUUAUCAGCAAGGACAGUUCAGAGAUAAACUUGGGAUCUAGGGAUAUGAAAAUGAGUAUGCACAAACUAGAUGUUUCUGCAGAUUUGCCAGACAUAGGAGUACUUAAACAAUCACCAAGGCCUGUCGGUGAAAAACAGUGGAAGGAAGGAACUAUUUUUGAAAAUGAGAUAUAUGGGAUUCGAACCAGAGGUCCAUUGGCAGACAUAGUCACAUCAAAGUCUCACUUUACUAGUCCAGUAAAUGGGCUUCAGUUUACUCCACCGGAUUCUUCUGAGAUGAUAAGAGAGAGCAAUAUGUCUGAAACUAUCACUGUUAUUUCCCAACCACAGCUUAAUGACCCCAGUGCAGUUUCUGCCGUAGAUGCCAAGGACCCACAUUUGGAAAUAAAAACUUCUAGGCUACCAACAGAGUCAACGAUUCAUGGCAUUCUAGCAGGUUUAGAUAAAAAAUCAGAAUCAAAGUUUAAGGCACCAAAGGUUGAUCUCACUGGACAUGUAAUCCAAGAACCAGUCAAAAUGACACAUCUCCCAAAACGAGAAGACAUUGAGAUUCCAGGGAUGGAAGAUAAAAAAUCAAGGCCUAGUCUUCAGACUCCUGGAAUUAAGGUACCAAAAAUUGAGAAGAUUAUAAAUAUUACUAAGGACAAAGAAAUCCAGGCUCAACAAACAGAUGAGGAGUUCAAUGUUGAGGAUGUUAAAGAAGCUGUUUCCAAAUUCCCAGCUUUGAAACUGCCUGAAGGGGACAUCACAGGAGUGCUUGUGCAAAGAGAAAUCACAAUUAUGGAAAUGAAGGGAGAUAAGACUAGCGCAACCCCUAGGGGAUCUCCUCGUAAAAUAUCAGGCGCAAGUGCUGAUAGUAGCAUUACUGUAACUAAGAGCAAAAUAGGUGAAGAAAAGUCUUCAGCUUCUCAUAAGGACACAGUAAUCAAGAUACCAAAAGUUGAACCACCUUAUGCUGAUGAGCAAACAGUAACCAUGACCAAGAUAGACUACUCAAAGCCAAAUGUUGAAACCCAGCAAACAAAAGCUGAUAAGUUACUGAUUAGAGAUGAUGGGCAAAUAGAUGUUAAAUUCAAACUCCCAAAAAGAGAAGACAUUGAAAUCCCCGGGAUGGAAGCCAUUGAGGAAUCAACUGCUCAAAAAACAGAUAUGAAAGUAAUCAAAGACCAGCAUCACACAGCAGAAUUACAAGGCAUGUACAGUUCACUCUUAGUUGAACAACCAAGUGUACAGAUUACUGUACAGUCAGAUAUUGAAAUGAGUAAAAGACACAAAACUCAUAAACAUGGUGACAAGAAAGGACAGGAAAAGAAAUCAAAGAAACCCAAAGUAAGCAUGCCAGGCUUUGGGAUCACAAAACCUGACAUUAGAUUUCCAGAUGUUGGAAUUGAAAUACCAAAGAACGAUGUGCCUGCUAAAAAGUACACUGGAGAAAUAAGGGAAAAAUUGGAAGCAGAUGUACCUCAUAGUGAUAUCAAGCCCAAAGAUAUUUCCCAUCCUGAACACACAGACCUCGAACUUUAUAGAAUGGAGAACACUAGCUCAAUGCUGGAUCAAAAAACAACUGAUGACUUUCAAAUAACUGUUUAUAAUAAAACUGAAUCUAUAAAUUUAACAGAAUUUGAUGAUUUUACAGUUAAAGCUCCAAAAGCAGCAUCAGACAUUUCUGUUGUCGAUGUACAAGACAUAAAAUUAAAACAAUUGGCCGGGUCAGCUGACAUAAAAUGCCCUGAGAAAGACAAAGAAGGGCAUUUUGUUUAUGUGGAUAUGAAGGCUCAGGAUAUUAAAACUGAAGGGCAAGGGAGAAAGUUCAAAUUGCCAAAAUUUGAAAUUAGUUUUCCUGAGGUAAAAGCACCAAAAAUUAGUGCAUCCAAAAAAGAGGAUGACAGUAAGACAGAAGUUCCAGCAACGCAUGGUGAAAUGCCAUAUGUGCAAAUUGAAAAAGAGGCAGAUUUACUAGAACUACAUUCUAAAGGUCUUGAAAUGAAAGUACAGAGACCAACCUUUCAGUUCCCAAAGUUUGGAUUUUCCAAAUCACAAAGUAAAGAAAAAGAAGCUGAUAUGAGUGUCCUGACAACUGACAUUUCUAUACUGGAGGGCAGUACUGAUGGAGCAAACACAGACAUCACAGCUACUGUGUGUGAUGCUGGACAAAAAGAUGAAUCAAAGGUUGGCGCUUCUAUAAAUGUUGAACUACCUUCAAUCAGAACCUCAAAAUUAGAAGCUAAAACUCCAACGGACAUAUCUGCUAUGGAGGUACAUGUGAAAGGACCUGAGGAAGAAUUGAAACUGAAAGCCAAACCACCAUCAUUUGACAGAGAUUUAAAACUACCAGCUAAGCCACCAUCAGAACCUGAAAAAUGCAUACGUGACACACAAGUAAAACUGGCAGCCGAGCCACAAUCAGCUGAUAUAAAGGCACUUGAAAUGCACAAAGAAAAGAAGAGUGUUGAUAUGAAAGCUCAGGACAUUCAAACUGAAGGUCAAUUAAGUAAGUUCAAAUUGCCAAAAUUUGGGAUCAAACUUCCAGAAAUAAAAACACCAAAAAUAGAUUUAAGUGGGGCCAAGACAGAACUUGAGAUUUCUCUACCAGAACGAAAAGCAGAAACGCAUUCCCAGGAUGAAGUGCAAGAUGUAAAAAACAAUGUUAAAGCUGAUGUACCAGAAUUAGAUUCUAGAGGUUCUGGUGUGAAAGCAGAGCAAACAAACUUUUCAUUUCAUAGAUUUGGAUUUUCUAAGUCAGAAGUGAAGAUCUCAGAUACUGAUGUCAAUCUCCCAAAUAUUGAUGUUUCACUACCAGAAGGAAGAGCAGAUCUGGAAAAGACAAAUACAAACAUUACAGUUUCAAUAGUGGACACUGGUAAAAAAGACGAAACAAAGUCUGGCUAUCCAGCAAAAUUUAAAAUCCCAUCAAUCACACUUCCAAAAUUUGGAACAAAAGCUGGAAGUGAAGCAAAAGACAUCUCUGCUGUGGAUGCACAAGCUAAAGGUACAGAGAUAAGCCUGAAGGAAAAAGAGAUAAAAUUGUCAGCCAAGGUGCCUGAUGUAAAAUUACAAGAAAAAUCAGUGGAUAUGAAACCUCAAAGCAUCCAAAACGAAGGGCAAGGGAGCAAGUUUACAUUGCCAAAAUUUGGGAUCAACCUUCCUGAAGUAAAAGGACCAAAAAUAGGUUCAGUAGGAUUGAGUGCAACCAAGACAGAAACUGAUAUUUCUCUACCGGAGGUAAAGAUGGAAGUGCAUCCACCUGAUAUUGAAUUGCAAGAGGGAGUAAUCGAAGUAGAACCAGAAAUAGAUUCUAAAGGCAGUGAUGUUUCAUUACCAAAAGGAAAUGUAGAACUGGAAGGACCAAACACAGACAUUACAUUAUCAAUGGAAGAUACUGGACAAAAAGAUGAAACGAAGUUUGAUUCUCCAACAAAAUUUAAACUUCCUUCAAUCACACUGCCAAAAUUUGGAGCUAAAGCUCCAAAGGGGAUUGUAGAAAUUUCUGCUGUGGAUGUACAAGCUAAAGGACCGGAAAUAAGUCUACAAGAGUCAGAGUUAAAAUUUUCUGCAGAGCCACUAUCAGUGGAUAUAAAGAGGCAUGAUGUAGAAAAAGAGGCGACAUCUCUUAGGGUGGAUAUGAGGGCUCAAGACAUUCAGACUGAAGGACAAGGGAUUAAGCUCAAAUUGCCAAAAUUUGGGAUCAAUCUUCCUGAAGUAAAAGGACCAAACAUACAUUUAAGUACAGCCAAGCCAGUGAUUGACAUUUCCCUACCAGAGGGAAAAACGGAGGUGCAUCCACCUGGUGCUAAACUGCCAGAAGGAGCCAUUGAAGUGAAAGACGACAUGCGAGAAAUAGAAUAUGAAAGUGUUGAUGUGAAAACAAAGGGCCCAAGCUUUUCAUUGCCUAAAUUUGGAAUUUCUAAAUCUGAAAUAAAGGCACCAGAAGCAGAUGCAAGUCUACCAAUUGUUGAUGUUUCAUUACCAGAAGUAAAUGCAGAACUGGAGGGACCAAAAACAGACAUUACAGUAUCAAUGGGUGAUACUGGACAAAAGUUUGGUUCCCCAACAAAGUUUAAACUUCCAUCGAUCACACUCCCAACAUUUGGUGCUAAAACUUCAAAGGAGGCUGUAGAAAUCUCUGCUGUGGAUGUGCAAGGGAAAGGAUAUGACAUAAGUCUACCAGAAGCAGAGUUAAAGUUAUCAGCUGAGCUACUGUCUGUUGAUAUAAAGGGGCUUGAUGUAGAGCUAGAGGAGUCUCUCAAUGUGGAUAUGAAGGCUCAAGACUUUGAAAUUGAAGAGCAAGGGAGAAAGUUCAAAUUACCCAAAUUUGGGAUCAGCCUUCCUGAGGUAACAGGAGAAAAAGUAGGCUCCAGUGCAGCCAAGACAGAGAUUGACAUUUCUGUACCAGAAGGAAAGAUGGAAGUGCAUCCACCUGAUGCUAAACUGCCAGAAGGAGCCAUUGAAGUCAAAGCCAACAUACCAGAAAUAGAUUCUAAAGGUCUUGAUGUGAAAACAAAGGGCCCAAGCUUUUCAUUCCCCAAAUUUGGAUUUUCUAAAUCUGAAGUGAAGGAUCCAAAAGCUGAUGCAAGUAUUCCAGUUGUUGAUGUUUCAUUACCACAAGGAAAGGUAGAACUGGAAGGACCAAACACAGACAUUACAGUAUCAAUGAAUGAUACAGAACAAAAAGAUGAAACAAAGUUUGGCUCUCCAACAAAGUUUAAACUUCCAUCAAUCACACUCCCAAAAUUUGGAGCGAAAGCUCCAAAAGGAAAUGUAGACAUUCCUGCUGCGGAUUUACAAGCUAAAGGACCGGAAAUAAGUCUAUCAGAAGCAGAGUUUAAAUUGACUACCGAGCCACUAUCAGUUGCUAUAAAGGGGCCUGAUGUAGAACUAGAGAAGUCUCUCAAUGUGGAUAUGAAGGCUCAAGAUAUUCAGACUGAAGGGCAAGGGAUUAAGUUCAAAUUGCCAAAAUUUGGGAUCAGCCUUCCUGAAGUAAAAGGACCAAAAAUUGGUUCAAGUGCAGACAAACCAGAGAUUGAUAUUUCUCUACCAGAGGGAAAGAUGGAGGGGCAUCCACCUGAUGCUAAACUACUAGAAGGGGCCAUUGAAGUCAAAGCAGACAUACCAGAAAUAGAUUCUGAAAGUCUUGAUGUGAAAACAAAGCGACCAAGCUUUUCAUUUCCCAAAUUUGGAUUUUCUAAAUCUGAAAUGAAGGCUCCAAAAGCUGAUGCAAGUCUACCAGUUGUUGAUGUUUCAUUACAAGAAGGAAAUGUAGAACUGGAAGGACCAAACACAGGAAUUACAGGAUCAAUGGGUGAUACUGGACAAAAGGAUGAAACAAAAUUUGGCUCACCAACAAAGUUUAAACUUCCAUCAAUCACACUCCCAAAAUUUGGAGCUAAAGCUCCAAAGGGGACUGUAGAACUCUCUGCUGUGGAUGUGCAAGGUAAAGGAUAUGACAUAAGUCUACCAGAGGCAGAGUUAAAGUUAUCAGCUGAGCCACUAUCUGUUGAUAUAAAAGGGCCUGAUGUAGAACUAAAGAAGUCUCUCAAUGUGGAUAUGAAGGCUCAAGACUUUGAAAUUGAACAGCAAGGGAGUAAGUUCAAAUUGCCAAAAUUUGGGAUCAGCCUUCCUGAAGUAAAAGGACCAAAAAUAGAUUCAAGUGCAGCCAAGAUAGAGAUUGACAUUUCUGUACCAGAAGGAAAGAUGGAGGUGCAUCCACCUGAUGCUAAACUGCCAGAAGGAGCCAUUGAAGUCAAAGCCAACUUACCAGAAAUAGAUUCUGAAAGUCUUGAUGUGAAAACAAAGGGCCCAGGCUUAUCAUUCCCCAAAUUUGGAUUUUCUAAAUCUGAAAUAAAGGAUCCAAAAGCUGUUGCAAGUCUUCCAGUUGUUGAUGUUUCAUUACCAGAGGGAAAAGUCGAACGGGAAGGACCAAAGGCAGACAUUACAGUAUCAAUGGGUGACACUGGACAUAAAGAUGAAACAAAGUUUGGCUCACCAACAAAGUUUAAACUUCCUUCAAUCACACUCCCAAAAUUUGGAGCUAAAGCUCAAAAGGGAAAUAUAGACAUUCCUGCUGUGGAUGUACAAGCUAAAGGACCAGAAAUAAGUCUACCAGAAGCAGAGUUAAAACUGUCAGCUGAGCCACUGUCUGUUGAUAUAAAAGGGCCUGAUUUAGAACUAGAGAAGUCUCUCAAUGUGGAUGUGAAGGCUCAAGACAUUCAGACUGAAGGGCAAGGGAUUAAGUUCAAAUUGCCAAAAUUUGGGAUCAACCUUCCUGAGGUAAAAGGACCAAAAAUAGGUUCACGUGUAGCCAAGACAGAGAUUGAUAUUUCUCUACCAGAAGGAAAGAUGGAGGUGCAUCCACCUGAUGCUAAACUGCCAGAAGGAGCCAUUGACGUGAAAGCUGACACACCAGAAAUAGAUUCUAAAGGUCUUGAUGUGAAAGCAAAGCGACCAAGCUUUUCAUUCCCCAAAUUUGGAUUUUCUAAAUCUGAAGUUAAGGCUCCAAAAACUGAUGCAAGUCUUUCAGUUGUUGAUGUUUCAUUACCACAAGGAAAAGUAGAAUUGGAAGAACCUAUAGCAGAUAUUACAGUAUCAAUGGGUGAUACUGGACAAAAGGAUGAAACAAAGUUUGGCUCCCCAACAAAGUUUAAACUUCCAUCAAUCACACUCCCAAAAGCUGGUGCUAAAGCUCCAAAGGGGACUGUAGAAAUUUCAACUGUGGAUGUGCAAGGUAAGGGAUAUGACAUAAGUUUACCAGAAGCAGAGCUAAAAUUAUCAGCUGAACCACUGUCUGCUGACAUAAUGAGGCCUGACCUAGAACUAAAGGAGAAGACUCCCAGUGUGGAUGUGAAGGCUCAAGACAUUCAGACGGAAGGGCAUGGGAGUAAGUUCAAAUUACCAAAAUUUGGGAUCAGCCUUCCCGAGGUAACAGGACCAAAAGUAGGCUCAAGUGCAGCCAAGACAGAGAUUGACAUUUCUUUACCAAAGGGAAAGAUGGAGGUGCAUCCACUUGAUGCUAAACUACCAGAGGGAGGCAUUGAUGUGAAAGCUGACAUACCAGAAAUAGAUUCUAAAGGUCUUGAUGUGAAAUACAAGGGCCCAAGCUUUUCAUUCCCCAAAUUUGGAUUUUCUAAAUCUGAAACAAAGGCUCCAAAAGCUGAUGUAAGUAUUCCAGCUGUUGAUGUUUCAUUACCAGAGGGAAAAGUAGAACUGGAAGGACCAAAGGCAGACAUUACAGUAUCAAUGGGUGAUACUGGACAAAAGGAUGAAACAAAGUUUGGCUCUCCAACAAAGUUUAAACUUCCUUCAAUCACACUCCCAAAAUUUGGAGCUAAAGGUCCAAAGGGAAAUGUAGACAUUCCUGCUGUGCAUGUACAAGCUAAAGUACCAGAAAUAAGUCUACCAGAGGCAGAAUUAAAACUGUCAGCUAAGCCACUGUCUGUUGAUGUAACAGGGCCUGAUGUUAAAUUACAGAAAUCUCUCAAUGUGGAUGUGAAGGCUCAAGACAUUCCAACUGAAGAGCAAGGGAGUACAUUUAAAUUACCAAAAUUUGGGAUCGGCCUUCCUGAGGUAACAGGACCAAAAGUAGACUCACGUGCAGCCACGACAGAGAUUGACAUUUCUCUACCAGAAGGAAAAAUGGAGGUGCAUCCACCAGAUGCUAAACUGCCAGAAGGAGCCAUUGACGUGGAAGUUGACACACCAAAAAUAGAUUCUAAAGGUCUUGAUGUGAAAACAAAGGGCCCAAGCUUUUCAUUUCCCAAAUUUGGAUUUUCUAAAUCUGAAGUGAAGGCUCCAAAAGCUGAUGCAAGUUUUCCAGUUGUUGAUGUUUCAUUCCCUGAAGGAGAAGUAGAAUUCGAAGGACCAAACACAGAUAUUACAGUAUCAAUGGGUGAUACUGGACAAAAGGAUGAAACAAAGUUUGGCUCUCCAACAAAGUUUAAACUUCCAUCGAUCACACUCCCAAAAUUUGGUGCUAAAGCUCCAAAGGGGACUGUAGAAAUCUCCACUGUGGAUGUGCAUGGUAAAGGUUAUGACAUAAGUCUACCAGAAGCAGAGCUUAAAUUAACACCUGAGCCACUGUCAGCUGAUAUAACAAGGCCUGACCUAGAACUAAAGGAGAAGUCUGUCAGUUUGGAUGUGAAGGCUCAAGACAUUCAAAAUGAAGGGCAAGGAAUGAAGUUCAAAUUGCCAAAAUUUGGGAUUGGCCUACCUGAGGUAAAAGGACCUAAAAUAAGCUCAAGUGCAGCCAAGACAGAGAUUGACAUUUAUCUACCAGAGGGAAAGAUGGAGGUGCAUCCACCUGAUGUUAAACUACCAGAAGGAGCCAUUGAUGUGAAGGCUAACAUACCAGAAAUAGAUUCUAAAGGACUUGAAGUGAAAACAAAGCGACCAAGCUUUUCAUUUCCCAAAUUUGGAUUUUCUAAAUCUGAAAUAAAGGAUCCAAAAGCUGAUGCAAGUCUUCCAGCUGUUGAUGUUUCAUUACCAGAAGGAAAUGUAGAACUGGAAGGACCAAACACAGAUAUUACAGUAUCAGUUGGUGAUACUGGACAAAAAGAUGAAACAAAGUUUGGCUCACCAACAAAAUUUAAACUUCCUUCAAUCACACUCCCAAAAUUUGGAGCUAAGACUCCAAAGGGAAAUGUAGACAUUCCUGCUGCGGAUUUACAAGCUAAAGGACCAGACAUAAGCUUACCCGAAACAGAGUUAGAACUGUCAGCCAAGCAACUCUCUGUUGAUAUAAAGGGGCCUGAUGUAGAAAAAGAGGGGAAAUCUCUUAGGAUGGAUAUGAAGGCUCAUGAUAUUCAAACUGAAGGGCAAGGAAUGAAGUUCAAAUUGCCAAAAUUUGGGAUCAGCCUUCCUGAAGUAAAAGGACCAAAAAUAGAUUCAAGUGCAGCCAAGCCAGAUAUUGAUAUUUCUCUACCAGAGGGAAAGAUGAAAGCGCAUCCACCUGAUGCUAAACUACUAGAAGGGGCCAUUGAAGUCAAAGCAGACAUACCAGAAAUAGAUUCUGAAAGUCUUGAUGUGAAAACAAAGAGCUCAAGCUUUUCAUUCCCCAAAUUUGGAUUUUCUAAAUCUGAAGUGAAGGAUCCAAAAGCUGAUGCAAGUCUUCCAGCUGUUGAUGUUUCAUUAUCAGAGGGAAAAGUAGAAUUCGAAGGACCAAAGGCAGACAUUACAGCAUCAAUUGGUGAUACUGGACAAAAAGAUGAAACAAAGUUUGGCUCACCAACAAAAUUUAAACUUCCAUCAAUCACACUCCCAAAAUUUGGAGCUAAAGUUCCAACGGGAAAUGCAGACAUUCCUAAUGUGGAUGUACAAGCUAAAGGACCAGAAAUAAGUCUACCAGAGGCAGAGCUAAAACUGUCAGCUGAACCACUGUCUGUUGAUAUAAAGGGGCCUGAUGUAGAACUAGAGAAGUCUCUCAAUGUGGAUGUGAAGGCUCAAGACAUUCAGACUGAAGGACAAGGAAUCAAGUUCAAAUUGCCAAAAUUUGGGAUUGGCCUUCCUGAGGUAAAAGGACCAAAAAUAAGCUCAAGUGCAGCCAAGAAAGAGAUUGACAUUUCUCUAUCAGAGCCAAAGAUGCAGGUGCAUCCACCUGAUGCUAAACUGCCAGAAGGAGCCAUUGAAGUCAAAGCUGACAAACCCAAAAUAGAUUCUAAAGGUCUAGAUGUGAAAACGAAGGGCCCAAGCUUUUCAUUUCCCAAAUUUGGAUUUUCUAAAUCUGAAAUAAAGGCCCCAAAAGCUGAUGCAAGUAUUCCAGCUGUUGAUGUUUCAUUACCAGAGGGAAAAGUCGAACUGGAAGGACCAAAGGCAGACAUUACAGUAUCAAUGGGUGAUACUGGACAAAAGGAUGAAACAAAGUUUGGCUCACCAACAAAGUUUAAACUUCCUUCAAUCACACUCCCAAAAUUUGGAGCUAAAGUUCCAACGGGAAAUGCAGACAUUCCUGAUGUGGAUUUACAAGUUAAAGGACCAGAAAUAAGUCUACCAGAGGCAGAGCUAAAACUAUCAGCUGAGCCACUGUCUGUUGAUAUAAAGGGGCCUGAUGUAGAAAUAGAAAAGUCUCUCAAUGUGGAUGUGAAGGCUCAAGACAUUCAAAUUGAAGAGCAAGGGAUUAAGUUCAAAUUGCCAAAAUUUGGGAUCAACCUUCCCGAGGUAAAAGGACCAAAAAUAGGUUCAAGUGAAGCCAACACAGAGAUUGACAUUUCUCUACCAGAGGCGAAGAUGCAGGUGCACCAACCUGAUGCUAAACUGCCAGAAGGAGCCAUUGAAGUCAAAGUUGACAAACCCAAAAUAGAUUCUAAAGGUCUUGAUGUGAAAACAAAGGGCCCAAGCUUUUCAUUUCCCAAAUUUGGAUUUUCUAAAUCUGAAAUAAAGGCUCCAAAAGCUGAUGCAAGUAUUCCAGCUUUUGAUGUUUCAUUAUCAGAGGGAAAAGUAGAACUGGAAGGACCAAAGGCAGAUAUUACAGUAUCAGUGGGUGAUACUGGACAAAAGGAUGAAACAAAGUUUGGCUCACCAACAAAGUUUAAACUUCCUUCAAUCACACUCCCAAAAUUUGGAGCUAAAGUUCCAACGGGAAAUGCAGACAUUCCUGAUGUGGAUGUACAAGCUAAAGGACCAGAAAUAAGUCUACCAGAGGCAGAGCUAAAACUAUCAGCUGAGCCACUGUCUGUUGAUACAAAGGGGACUGAUGUAGAAAUAGAAAAGUCUCUCAAUGUGGAUGUGAAGGCUCAAGACAUUCAAAUUGAAGAGCAAGGGAUUAAGUUCAAAUUGCCAAAAUUUGGGAUCAGCCUUCCCGAGGUAAAAGGACCAAAAAUAGGUUCAAGUGAAGCCAACACAGAGAUUGACAUUUCUCUACCAGAGGUGAAGAUGCAGGUGCAUCCACCUGAUGCUAAACUGCCAGAAGGAGCCAUUGAAGUCAAAGCUGACAAACCCAAAAUUGAUUCUAAAGGUCUUGAUGUGAAAACAAAGGGCCCAAUCUUUUCAUUUCCCAAAUUUGGAUUUUCUAAAUCUGAAAUAAAGGCUCCAAAAGCUGGUGCAAGUAUUCCAGCUGUUGAUGUUUCAUUACCAGAGGGAAAAGUAGAACUGGAAGGACCAAAGGCAGAUAUUACAGUAUCAGUGGGUGAUACUGGACAAAAGGAUGAAACAAAGUUUGGCUCACCAACAAAAUUUAAACUUCCUUCAAUCACACUCCCAAAAUUUGGAGCUAAAGUUCCAACGGGAAAUGCAGACAUUCCUGUUGUGGAUUUACAAGCUAAAGGACCAGAAAUAAGUCUACCAGAGGCAGAGCUAAAACUAUCAGCUGAGCCACUGUCUGUUGCUAUAAAGGGGCCUGAUGUAGAAAUAGAAAAGUCUCUCAAUGUGGAUGUGAAGGCUCAAGACAUUCAAAUUGAAGAGCAAGGGAUUAAGUUCAAAUUGCCAAAAUUUGGGAUCAGCCUUCCUGAGGUAAAAGGACCAAAAAUAGGUUCAAGUGAAGCCAACACAGAGAUUGACAUUUCUCUACCAGAGGCGAAGAUGCAGGUGCAUCCACCUGAUGCUAAACUGCCAGAAGGAGCCAUUGAAGUCAAAGUUGACAAACCCAAAAUAGAUUCUAAAGGUCUUGAUGUGAAAACAAAGGGCCCAAGCUUUUCAUUUCCCAAAUUUGGAUUUUCUAAAUCUGAAAUAAAGGCUCCAAAAGCUGAUACAAGUAUUCCAGCUGUUGAUGUUUCAUUACCAGAGGGAAAACUAGAACUGGAAGGUCCAAAGGCAGACAUUACAGUAUCAAUGGGUGAUACUGGACAAAAGGAUGAAACAAAGUUUGGCUCCCCAACAAAGUUUAAACUUCCUUCAAUCACACUCCCAAAAUUUGGAGCUAAAGCUCCGAAAGGGAAAGUAGACAUGCCUGCUGUGGAUGUCCAAAUCAAAGGACAUGAUAUAAGUCUACCAGAUACAGAGCUGGCAUUAUCAGCUGAGCCACUACCAGCUGAUGUAAUAGUGAGUGAUUUCAACAUGCAAGAUAUAUCUCUCAGUGUUGAUAUGAAAGCUCAAAACAUCCACACUGAAGGGCAAGGGAGUAAGUUCAAAUUGCCAAAAUUUGGGAUUGGCCUUCCUGAGGUAAAAGGACCAAGAGCAGGUUUAAGUGAGGCCAAGAAAGGGUUGGACAUUUCUCUACCAGAGGGAAAGAUGGAAGUGCAUCCACCUAAUGUUGAAAUCAGUGAAGAAAUAUCAGUACCUGAAAAAGAUAUUGAAUUUAAUGCCUGUGACAAACAUCUAAAAUUAUACGAUUCCCAAGCUGAAGUUGAAAUUAAAGGCACAAUUCAAAAACCUCCAGAAACAGCUGUGAAGACUGAACAAGAAGAACAAGGCACACUAAGUAAAUUCAAACUUCCUACUAUCAAAAUGUCAAAGAUCACCAUUUCAAAAACAAAAUCUCAGGAUGGAGACAAUGAUACAGGCAUGAGAGUUCAUGUUCCAGAGGCCAUUUUAGAAUCCAAACAUAAAGAGGCACAAGGACAGGAAAAAUCAUCCAAAUUUACAAUCCCCACACUUGGUAAUGUUCUCAGGGGCUUUGAUGUUGAGUUUAAUGUGCCCACGUUAGAUGAAACUGAAAGGGCAAAAACUGAAACAGCUCCUGCAAAGCAGGAAUUCCAUCUGCCUUCAGAAGGUGGUAAGAUAGCAGACUCAGAGGCCAAUCUUGAAAACAAUGAAAAAGAGAUUAUGGUUCAGACUGAUCAGAAACCAGAAGAUGACGAAAAACAAACAAAACCUGAAAAGAGUAGCUGGUUCAGAUUUCCUAAGUUUUCAUCUCCUACCAAAACAGUGAAGGUUGUGGAAAAAGAAUCUUCUCAGCCAUCUAAGGAAAAUGAAGAGAGUUCAGUGAAUGACAACAAAGAGAGAGAACCUGAGCUGAGUUCUGCAAGAGAGACUGAAGAGGACAGUGUCAGUCCAACAUUGUCACUGAGAUCAUCAGAUGCAUUUGCUGAUGUGAGUUCUGCACAAACAACUGAACAGGUUGGCCUCUCACUGACAUCUCCUACAAAAGUCAAAGUUAAAUAUUCUGAAUCAAGGUCAACUGUUGAGAUCGGUGACUUACAUGGUGAUAUUAUUACUUCAACAGCCAGGACUAAACUAAUAACCAUGGAGCCCCACCAGCCAGAGAAAGUGAACAUUCCAUGUUCUUCUGAAAUGUCUUCUUCUUCAGUGGAUACUAUGAGACAGCUGUCAGGAGAAAUUCACAUAAUUGUGUCAAAUGUACAAAAUGUGCCAAGCACACAACACACCACGAUCAUCACAAAUGUAGAUACACAAGAUAUUCAAUCCUUGCCCCUAGAGGGAGCAGCAAUGCAGUCCGACACAGUGUUGUCAGUUCAGAACACAAGAGUGCAAAAAGAGAGACACACUGUGGUGGAGAGGCAUAUUGUAAAAGAAAUGUCUGGUGAGGAGAAAGUAUUUGUGACAAGAAGAACACAGGUUUUUGAGGGGGACUCUGUUGAGCCUAUCUCUGAUGACGCUGCCUUCUCAAUUCAAAAGCUGAGAGACACUGUACGCACUGAAAAAAUGAGAUUUUUUGAGAGUGCAGAAUCAAAUGAACAAAACGCAAUGAGCGAUGAAACAUGUUUAAAGUAUAUAGAUUCCUCCACAGAAGAGAAUGAGGGGAAAUAAACUUAUGUCUUUUAGCUAGCAGAAUGUGAUCCAUGGCUGUGCUUUAAAAUACGAACAAUUAAUAUUCCUUUGGCUGCAUUUAUAUUCUGUGUACAACUAGAUAUGUGUGCCCAUAAUAUAAAUAAGGGCCAGCUAUGACACUUAUUUAACAACAUAACAAGGCAAAAUAUGAUUAGAUAAUAAUAACUAAACUGUUAAGUAAGGAAAUUAGUUUAAUUUAGUUUAGUAUUCAACACUGAAAUAUGUAUUCUUUGUGGAAAUUGUUUACAGUGCUGUCAUAUAAAAGAAACUCAUUGACAUAUUCGUAAAACUAUUAACAAGUAUUAAUGGUAACACUUUGCUGUAGAGCAGUGUUCGUAAGGCUAUAUGAUACCUAAAAAACCUCAUCAUGCCAACUAAAAUAAACCUACAUAAACAUUAAUAAAGGCUGAUUCAAUUAGGCAUCUUUCAUUAAUGCUGCAUUUGUCAACUUUGAUGUCAGGUGACAUGGAAUUUCUCUGAUUUUUCCGUCAUGACAUUUUACCCCAUAACAUCUGACUUUGUAGUUUAGUGUUCAUCACAAAGACAUAGUGCUGAUAUGAUAUGGCUUAAAUCUUAUACAUGGUAAAAUGAAACCCACUUGAACUAAAGGGUACAGAAAAUGCUCACUUUUAAUCAGUCAGCCUGACUUGUUGCUGUAACAUACAUUGAUCGUUUGUCACUUCACUCCAGUGUCAUGACACAACCUCAUGUCAGAAAAAAAAUUCAUUGUUACACCUUAUGAUAGGCCUUAUGCCAACUUGACAUUAAAGCAGACAAAUACAACUUUUAUAACAAAUGAUGCCUAUUGCAAUAAAGGUUUAUAAAUGUUUAUGUAGAUCUAGGUCAGUUGUCAUGAAAAGCUUAUGUAGGUGUCAUGUAGCCUUACAAACCCUGCCCUACAGCAGUGUUGCUGUUUUAAUAUUAUAAUAGUAUGUUGAUGCAAAUAGCUUGUUUCUCUUGAACUAUGCUGUUGUCAAAAUAAUAUAUAAUUUAAUAUAAGCUUAAUUUUGCAUUCCUUAAAGACAUUGAAAUGUUUCAAAAAUAUGUAAAUAUAUUUGGCUCAUUUAAGUUCUUUUCUCUGUCCUGUAUUACCUUAUUGCAAAAGCUAGUACAUUUGCUCUUCUAAUUAAAUUGCUGUAUUUACACACAAGUAUAUGCUAAAAUAAAUAUUUUAAAAAUGAAAAUGGUUCAGCAUUUCUUGUAUAUUGAUUUCUUUGUGGAGAAUCCUUUUGGAAACCUGACUUCUUUAUUUUAGAAAUGAUUUUAGCAUGCUCACAUUUUCCGAGAACUGUACCAACCACCUCCUCUUCACAUUUUUUUAGGAUCCCAUAUUAACUUCACUAAAUACUAGUGAAUGAGGGCAAAUAAUUGUUACUGUGACUGAUUCUUGGUAACAUUGGCCACAAAUGUAGUGUAUAUCUAUUGCAAAUAAACACUGGGCA